ACGUAAGAUCAGCUGAGCACAAUCAUGGACGCGCUCAAAGACGAAGAUUUUGAGGUGCCUCCGGCGAAAUACGAGUAUCUGGACCACCCCGCGGACGUACAGUAAGUAUGGAACACGAAAAUACGGAGCGAAACGGCCGGUGUACGUUUUGGAGGUUACUCGCAUGGAUAACCUAAAACGCACGAUGGCGCAACGAGAACCGUCCUUCUCGAGGUUGCAUGCGUGGGGCAGUACGUUAGAAGAAGCUUACGAGCAAUGCGGUAUAGCCAUGUUUGGAUACAUGACGGAUUUAGAGCGGGUUGAGAUCACCAAGGUGCAUAACAUCGAGGCGGAAGGACACGAUCUGGAAAGUCUUCUCUUUCAUUUUCUCGACGAACUGUUGUAUAUGUUUAGCGCCGAGCAGUUUAUCGUUGCGAAGAAAGUCCAGAUCACGAAUUUCGACCGAAAAAAUUUUAAGAUUACCGCGACAGCAUUAGGGGAGGAGUUCACCAUCGGCAAGCACUCGCAGAACGCCGAGGUAAAAGCUAUCACGUACUCUGGGAUGCAAAUAAUCGAUCCGCCUGACACGGAGAAGGUCGAGGUUUUCGUCAUCGUAGACAUAUAGCCCCAUUCAGGCCCAAACUGCGUUCGGUUGAUUCCUUGGCGCGCCCCUAGAAAAUUGGCUUCGGUUAAUACCUCGAGCAUAGAAGUGGGGGAUGACCGCAUGGAUACAAGCGUAAGAAAGAGGGAGAGGGUAUACCUCCCUUGCGUCCUGCACAGGGCUCGGAUCCUUUUGUAGUUGCGUAGGGUUCAAAUAAAUACGUUACGAAGAAAACACCGGGCUCCCUUCUUAGCGAUUCCCUUCUAUUUCAGGUGCGUGCCAAGGCACCGAGGAACCCGAACGCUCGGGGAAAUUUACCGUUAAGAACAACUUUGUGCGACAUCGUUCGAACAAAAUAUAUUGUAUCAACGCACGCAACGUACCUUUGUGUAAUUUUAUUCGUCGUAUUAGACUCUCUUGAUACUUACGAGGAAGUUUUAUAUAUUUAAUGUAUGUAUAAAAGAAAGCGAUUCUUACGUUUUUGUGAAUAAAAAUAAUUGUAAACCGA